CAAAAAGGGAUAAUACAAUGUCUUCUUCCUCCUCCUCCAGCCACGACCAAAUCUCCCUUCCCCUUCCUCACACUCUUCUUCCUUCUUCCCUCACAACCCACCAGGGUAACCCCCCACGCAAUCCCAUCCCCAUCUCCAUGCUUCACUUCUGCACCUCCAAAACUGCACAACAUAAUGCACUACGAGAUGGGAUCUCGCCCUACAACCCUUCUUCUGCUAUCGACGUCUCUUCUUCCUCGCUGCCACUCAAUAUUCACAAUGAAACCGAUGACUACGACUGCGACAGUGAGGAGUGUGAAGCGUUGGUAGAAGAAGUUCCAAUUCCAUCCAAGUGCUUUCGUUCUGGGAGUUCAUCCAAAAGAAGCAGAGCGGCGGAAGUUCAUAACUUGUCUGAAAAGAGGAGGAGGAGUAGGAUCAAUGAAAAAUUGAAGGCUUUGCAAAAUCUAAUUCCAAAUUCGAACAAGACUGAUAAGGCUUCGAUGCUUGAUGAAGCUAUUGAAUACCUUAAACAGCUUCAGCUCCAAGUACAGCAGAUGCUGUCAAUGAGAAAUGGGUUGAGUUUGCAUCCUAUGUUCUUUCCAGAAGGUUUGCAACCCCAGCAAUUGUCUCAGAUGAGAAUGGAUUCAAGUGAAGAAAACAGAUCUAUCCCUUCAAACACUACUGCUACUCUCCCUAUGCAACAAGAAAACCCCAUGCCCUAUUCAUCCAAUAUGGCUAACAAACAAAUUGUGGCAGAUCAGCCAUCCAUGACCACCCCAUCAUAUAUAUUCAACUCAGAAACAUCUUUUAGACUGGAAUCUCAUAUUUCUGACAAUAUAAGAUCAUUUCAACACAGAGGUUUUUCUGAGAUAUGCAGAGAAGACAUAUUGCAGCACCAUACCAACCCAUUAGUUUCUUCUCAAGGCGCAUUGGCUACAGCAUCAGUUUCCUUUGAUAUGCAAAAAUCUGCAGUUAAAGACAGCAGCUCUUUAGGAAACUGCAUCCCUGGAAGUGAUCAAUCUAGACUGAUGUUGAGAAAUAGUGAGCCAACAUUAUUCUAAACCAGCGGUUCAGUGGGUAAUUGGAAUGUUAUGAGCUACAAAAAAAUGUUUGCUGUAAAUCUCAAAUGUCUUUAAAUUGUUUUACUGGUAUGAGAUUUUGUAACUCUGUAGAUGGGGAACAUGCACAUGAAAUCCUUCUUGAUUUCUCAUUGGAGUUUCUAUGCUUAUAUGCAGCUCAGUUUAUUGCUUCUUGUAGAUAGCAGACUAAGAAAUUUGGAAUUUGUAGAAGGAUGUCUCAAAUCAUAAAUCAUUGAUGUUAAUUACGAGAAAGUUUCUGAAGGAUUCUCAAUA